AUGGUUCCCCGACUUCCCAGUGAAGUUGAACCACCGCCUCCACAAUUUAAGGUCAAACGCAUUAAGCUCAUAGUGCGACCACCACCUCCAAUGUAUUCUAAUCCGCGCCAGCAUCCUCCCGGACCACAGUUUCAUUCCUCGCUCUCCAAAUUUCUGGACUCAUACGUCUCCAUUAAUGAGCAUAAUCUACACGAGGAUGAUCUAAAUUCAAUGGCUCAGAAGAAGGCUGCGCUACUGGACAAAAUGGAGAGCUUCCGCAAGCAAGGUCGGCUCAUCGUUGACAGCGCGACAUUCCAUGAGAUGUCCAAAACAAAGAGAGGCAUGAGUUUUCAAGAAUCAAAGCGAGAUCGUGACACUUGGGAUGCGGUCUUAGAAGCAAUUACUCAACGUUCACCACGGGAGCAAGUGAAAGGUCGAGUCAUCGCUGCGCAGAUAUCGACUCGCGUCAAAGCGUAUUGGGAUCAACGCGCACAGCGGGAAGACAAGGCAAAAACACAGGAAGAGAGACGACUUCGUGCCUUGGCGAAGGCGACCAUCAAGAUGGUCACUAAAGAAUGGAAAAAGGCUGUCUUUCACAUCCGGGAACAGCAUCGACUGCGCGCAGAGGCUGAGGAAAGGCGCCGUGGUCACGAGCAUCUGGAUGCUAUCCUUGACCGGUCUGGUCAUAUACUAGAGACUCAGCAGGCGGAACUCGCCAGGGGUGAUAUGUCUCGCAGCAGAUCGAGUAGCGUUUCUGUUCACUUCCUGGAUCGUGAAUUCGACUCUGAAGGCUCGGAAAGUUCGGGGUCUGAAAUGGAUGAGGAGGCAGAUGCUGAUGGUGUGGACCGGCAAUCUUCGUUACAAGCGAGUGACCGAGAUACAGAGAACGCUGAGGAAGAAGAAAGUCUCAAGGAAGAGGAGGAAGAUGAAGAUGAAGACGCAACCAGUGCGUCGGCAUUGCUGGGGCCACCACUCACUCAGCUUGGAGGUGAGGAUACUUCAAGCGCCACCUCCCAAGCAGGUGUCAAUGUACUGGAUGCCGAGAUGAAUGAUGGAGAAGAGUCAGAGGCCGCCUUGUCUGUAUUGGCUGUGGGAUCCCCUUCACUUGUUCCUUUCAGUCUACCAACUCCUACCGACACCGAUUCUGUCUUGCAUGAACAGACGACCGAAGAGUACAGAUCUCCCCAUUUCGAGAGUUUCAAUGAUGCGCCUUCACCAGCCAGCACUGUCACUGGUCGUGAAGAGGAUUCCGAAUCAAAUAUUGAUGGUGACAAGGGGAUGAGGAUGACAGUCGCCGAAUCUGCUCCGGACACGUUGGCUUCAGAUACUGGUGACGUUGAUAUGGGUACAGUUACUCUACCCGAGAGCAAGGAUGAUCAUACGGGCUUCCCAGUGGCCGAAACACCAUCCUCUCACCCCUCAUCCCCUGCCCCUGGCAUGAUAGUCGACGAGUCCGAAUUACUUGAUGAUGCAGAGCAAGAAGAGGACAACAUACCAGAGUAUCUCAAACCGUACGCCGUUGCACCAGUCCAUUGGAACCCUGAAAACAAGGUGAAAGUUCCCGUAUUAUUGCGGGGUGUUCUCCGUCCGUACCAGCAGUCCGGUUUAGAGUGGCUUGCAAGCCUUCAUGUCAACAAUCUAAACGGCAUACUUGCUGACGAAAUGGGAUUGGGGAAAACUAUACAGACAAUAUCGCUUCUAGCUCAUCUGGCUUGUGACCGUGGAAUAUGGGGUCCGCAUCUUAUUAUUGUCCCAACAAGCGUUCUACUGAACUGGGAAAUGGAAUUCAAGAAGUUUCUGCCUGGAUUCAAGACUCUGAGUUACCAUGGAUCAACGAAACGCCGCAAGGAACUCCGCCAAGGGUGGUACAAUAAGCAUCACUUCAAUGUCUGCAUCACCUCGUACACGCUUGCCAGUCGCGAUGCUCACAUAUUCAAGCGCAAAGCUUGGUAUUACAUGAUAUUGGAUGAAGCGCAUAUGAUCAAAAAUUUCAAGUCGCAAAGAUGGAACAUUCUCUUAAUGUUCCGCUCCUUUCGGCGUCUUCUCCUCACUGGCACCCCGCUGCAAAAUAAUCUAACUGAGUUGUGGGCGCUGUUGCAAUUCCUAAUGUCUGGUACCAACUUCGCCAACCUAAAAGAAUUUGGCGAAUGGUUUUCAAAUCCCUUGGAGAAAGCGAUUGAAAUGGGUACCUUGUUGGAUGACGAAAAUAUGCAACGCGUGAACAAACUUCACACAGUUCUCCGUCCCUAUCUGCUCCGGCGUCUCAAACGUGACGUGGAGAAAGAGCUCCCGAGCAAGUACGAGCAUCUUGUUCUGUGCCCCUUAUCCAAGCGGCAGCGGUUUCUCUACGACGAGUUCAUGGCUCGUGCGCAUACCAGAGACGCCUUACAAUCUGGUGUGUACCAGAAGAUCGCAAAUAUUCUCAUGCAGCUCCGCAAAGUCUGUAAUCAUCCGGACCUUUUUGAAGUCCGUCCGAUUGUAACAUCCUUCGCUAUGACGCGCUCCGUCGCUGCAGACUUCGAGAUCAAGGAGCUACUAGUUCGGCGGCAGCUUCUCCGCGCGAGUGACGAAGACGAGAUUAAUCUUGAUCUUCUUGGCCUGCGAUUUAUCGAUCAGCAAAACGUCCCUCUGAUGUCUGCUCUGGAGACACGACGCCUUGAUGCGACGCAUCGACUCCCACUCGUCUCGGAAAUGCCUGAGGAGCCGCCACCAAAGGAUACUCGUACUAUUCAAGGAUAUCGUGUUUACCAUGCAUACCAACAGCGGGUUGCCCGAAUCGCUCGCUGGGCACAAAUCAGUUACCUCAAUAGCCUGCGCUGUACCCGAUUACCCGUCUACAGCCAAGAGCUGUUGACCAUUGCAAAGCAGUGUCAUCGACCAAUCCUCCCCCUUUCCACAAUGGAUGUUGGGAAUCGCUUCAUGGAUACGGCUCUGCCUCUUUAUUCGGCGGUCAAGACUUAUACAGACCGGACUAAAGAGCUACAGCCUGUGGUCGAGAGGUUCGCUUUCGUCACUCCAGCCGCGGUUGCUUUGGACCUACCUCGUUUCGCCCUGGCAGGAUACGAGCACAUUUUAUCCCGACAAUCUUCUGACUUUGAUAGUGUCCUGCAUCACGCGAGCGUCAAGCUGCAGAUAGCAUUCCCAGAUCCAUCGCUUCUCCAAUAUGAUUGUGGCAAGUUGCAGGAACUCAGUCGCCUUCUCCGACAGAGGAAGUUGGAGGGACAUCGUGUUCUCAUCUUCACACAGAUGACAAGGAUUUUGGACAUCCUGGAAAUUUUCCUCAACUUCCAUGGCUAUCUCUAUCUUCGUCUUGAUGGGGCCACCAAGAUCGAAGACAGGCAAUAUAUCACUGAGCGGUUCAACGCAGAUUCUAGGAUAUUUUGCUUCAUUUCUUCCUCUCGUUCGGGUGGAGUAGGUAUCAAUCUUACUGGGGCAGACACCGUCAUCUUCUACGACAGCGACUUCAACCCCCAAAUGGACAAACAAUGCGAGGAUCGUGCUCAUCGCAUCGGUCAGAUAAGAGAUGUCCACAUCUACCGAUUUAUCUCUGCGCACACUGUUGAAGAAGCCAUGUUGUUGAAAGCUAAUCAGAAACGCUCUUUGGAUGAUCUUGUCAUUCAAAAAGGCGAAUUUGACUGGCGAUCCCUGUUUGAUGAUCAAGGUGCUCUAUCGAAAGCACUAGUUGAGUUUGAGGACAAGGAAGAUGUUCAUGCUGCCGCUGUGGCCGCGAGAGAAGAAGACGUCAUGGAGGGCGCUGAUCAAGCUGACUUCGGUGCUGAGGGAGAGCUAGACGCUCCCCUGAGCGAAGGCAGGUUACCAAGUAGUGCGGAGGACGGUCAUCCUACUGGUACGGAAAUUUUGGAUGUUUCCGCGAUGGACCAAGCUGCAGAGGAAGAGGAUGAAGGAGGGGCUGUGUCGGACUACAUGAUCAGCUUUGUCCGGAUGGAUUACGACUUUUUCAAAGAUUGGCGGAUAUGA